UUGGCCACGCUUAGCAUUCGGCUAACACAUAGCAUGUGUAGCAUGUAAGUGUAGCUUCCCGCCGUGUCGUCGCCCAGGUAAAUUUGCCUUCUCCCAGUUCAGCAGGCGGCUCAACUCCGAAAGUCCGUGGUGUUUUCAGGAAGUACACGGUCGAAGCGAGCUCUGUUUGGGCGGUGGAGAUGGCGACGCCUCCCGAAGAUCAGGAGCUGAGGAAUGUGAUUGACAAGCUGGCCCAGUUUGUGGCCCGAAAUGGCCCUGAGUUCGAGAAAAUGACGAUGGAGAAGCAGAAAGAGAACCCCAAGUUUUCCUUCCUGUUUGGGGGUGACUUCUUUGGCUACUACAAGUACAAGCUGGCCGUGGAGCAGCAGCAACUGCUAUGUAAACAGCCUGGGCAAGAUGGCCCAGAUGCCCCUCCCCCAAUGAACACACUGCCUCCGCCCCCUGUCCCAGCCCCGCCCAUGGCCACGCCCUCUGUGGACGAGCUCAUCCAGCAGAGCCAGUGGAACCUGCAGCAUCAGGAGCAGCACCUGCAGAACCUCAGACAGGAGCAGGUGACGGCCGCCGUAGCCCUUGCCCUGGAGCAGCAGACCCAGAAGCUGCAGCACGAGACCCAACUGGACGUAUCCGAGUUUGAUGGCCUCCUGCAGCCAAUCAUCGACACCUGCACCAAGGACGCUAUCUCGGCUGGCAAGAACUGGAUGUUCAGCAACGCCAAGUCGCCACAGCACUGCGAGCUGAUGGCUGGGCACCUGCGCAACCGUGUGACUGCCAGCGGUGCCCCCUUCCAGCUGCGCCUGCACCUGAUUUACCUCAUCAACGACGUUCUGCAUCACUGUCAGAGGAAGCAACAGAGAGACCUGCUGGCAGCUCUGCAGAAGGUGGUCGUGCCCAUCUACUGCACCAGCUUCCUCGCCGUGGAGGAGGACAAACAGCAGAAGAUCGCUCGGCUGCUGCAGCUUUGGGAGAAGAAUGGCUACUUUGAUGAGACAACCAUCCAGCAGUUGCAGAGCCCUGCCCUGGGGCUGGGCCAGUAUCAGGCCUCAUUAAUCACAGAGUACGCGGCCGUGGUUCAGCCCGUGCAGACGGCCUUCCAGCAGCAGAUUCAGGCCCUGCAGGCGCAGCACCAGGAGCUGGUGGCCAGCCUGAGACAGUCGCCGGCCCCAGCGCAGCCGCAACCGCAGCCGCAGCCCAGCCCGGUCCCGGCGCCCGUGGUGCAGGCCCCCGCGGGGGAGAGAGAAGCCCCAGCCCCCACUACGCAGCACGGAGAGGUGAAAGGGGACUACGAGGUUGGCCGGAACCCUCUGCCUGCGACGGCCCCGCCCCGUGAACCCGGAGACGCCAUCCCCGCCCCCAAACCCGGCUGGUUCGACCCCCAGCGCAACCUGUCCGCCUGGCCCCAGCAGCAGCCGACAUCUGACCUGAACUUGCAGCCCCCCUUCGACCCCACACAGCCCCCACCUCCGUGCCCCCCCUGGGCAGGCCACGAGGCGCCGUGGAGUGAGCAGCGGAACCCCAACUGGGGUGGCCAACGUGAGAACGCCCCCUGGAGUGAGCAGCGGGAGAACGCCCCCUGGGCCGGCCAGCCGGAGCCGCCGCCCCCACCGCCCGCGUGGAGCGGGCAGCGGGAGGCGCCGUGGAGCGGGCAGCCCGAGCGUCCGCCGUGGGGCCAGAGGGAACCGCCCUUCCGGAUGCAGCGGCCCCCACCUUUCCGAGGCCCGCCCCCACCCUUCAACCAGCCCCCACCUCCCCACGAUUUUGGCCGCUUCCCGCCCCGCUUUAUGCAGGACGACUUGCCCCCCCGACACCACUUUGAGCCUCCGCCCUACCCGCCCCCUGGCUUUGAGUACCAGCAGGGCGACUUCCCAUCAGACCUAGGCCCUCCUCCCCACCCCCCUCCCAGCCACAGGAUCCCACCCCCUGGCAUGACAGAGCCCCCUCCCUGGGGGGGGAGCCAGCACCCGGAGUUCGGGCCCCCGCCACCGCGCGGCUUUAACGGCCAGGCCCCCCACGGUCGGCGUCAGGCCCCCUCCCACGUCAGCCAGGAUGACCCCAGCCUGGUACCCAAUGUGCCCUACUUCGACCUGCCGGCUGGGCUCAUGGCUCCACUGAUCAAGUUGGAGGACCAUGACUACAAGGCUCUGGACCCCAAGGACAUCCGGCUGCCGCCCCCCAUGCCCCCCAGCGAUAGGCUGCUGGCAGCUGUGGAGGCCUUUUACAGCCCCCCCUCGCACGAGCGGCCCAGAAACAGUGAGGGCUGGGAGCAGAACGGGCUCUACGAGUUCUUCCGGGCCAAGAUGCGAGCGAGGAGGAAGCGGGCUCAGGAGGACCGGAGCAGUGCACGCGGCAGCCGCUCCCGCAGCCGGGGAAGGUCGUCCUCGCGCUCCUCGUCCAGGUCUAAGUCCCGUUCCCGGUCCCGCUCACGCUCCUACUCACGGUCCCGCUCAAGGUCUGGGUCCAGGAGCGGCUCCCGCUCAUCCCGCUCCAGGUCCCGUUCCCGAUCCCACUCUCGCUCCCGCUCCAGAUCCGGCUCUCCCAGCAGGAGGCGCCGGGCCAGGUCCCGCACUGCCUCCCCUCCGUCUACAUCUGGACUGGGCUCCACUUCAGAGCAGAGGCUGGGAGAGGAGAACAAGGGCCACCGGAUGCUGAGGAAGAUGGGGUGGAGUGGCUCGGGGGGGCUUGGGGCCAAGGAGCAGGGCAUCCGAGACCCCGUGAAGGAGGGUGACGUUCGGGACAAGUGGGACCAGUACAAGGGGGUGGGUGUAUCGCUGGAUGACCCCUAUGAGAACUACCGGCGCAACAAGAGUCACACCUUCAUCGCACGCAUGAUGGCCAGGGAGGACGUGAAUCGGGAUCCCCAGCAGUCCUCAGCCCCCCAGUGACGGCGAUGGUCCCUCCUGCAGGCCUGACUGACCUUCGAAGCAGCUGGCAGGCUCCCCAGUCCUGGUCGUCUCCCGUUUGUACAGUUAGAUCAGUGUUUCCCAGUCCCGUACUCUGGGACCCGCAGACAGUCCCCGGUUUUGCUCCCUCCCAGCUCCUGGUAGGGAGCAUAUGGACCGUUUGCAGGUUGGCGAGGAAACACUAAUUAGAUAGUUUGUAAUAGUCUUUUUAAAAUGACCAAACGGUGUAAAAGGUCCCCCCCCCGGACAAGGAUCAGUAGCCAUGCUGACGUGGUGCUGAGUGGCAAACAGUCAGACCCAAGGGCAGAUGCAAGGCAGCUUUGUUGUCCUGCUCAUUUGUGCAGUGAGUCUGUCUCCCCACUCAGCGUUUCUCUUGCUGGUCGCUGUUGCUGGAAGCUUAAUGUCCCUGUUUUUUUAUUUUUAUUUAAAGAUUUCAAGCUUUGGUGUGAGAUCAGUCCAGUAAUGAGCCUCAGUGAGUUUUCUUUUUUUGUCCCAUAUUCUGUUUAGAGCAGUUUAGGUCCUUUUGUUUGCACCGAAAUAACUCCAUGUACGCAGCGAUGUACUUGAAUAAAUCUGAUUCUCAAUCUCA